CAUAUAGCAAAUCCUUCGAUGUAAAUUGGAGCUUAUGGGAUGGAGAAGCAGAGAGUGAUUAAAAUUGGAUGGACAAGUGGCUCCUCUUACUAAUGAAAUUGAUCUGGCAAAAACAUAAAGAGUUAAAAGGGAAACCACAUAUUCUUUUUCUCUCUCGCAAUUUAAGUACCUUCUCUGUGGAUCCAUCUUGCAAGUUUAGCAUCGUUUGAUUAUUCUUGUCACUACCAAAUGUUCUUCCUCUUUUCCUUGAUCUACAUAUAUACAGACCAAAACUUGAUUUUUAUCAUUCCUACUCAACUAAUCAAACAGCAUCAGUAAAUAAUGAAGAAUCCAGCGACAUUGGAUCUGACGAUAGAGGUAUGUAACCUAUCAGAUAAUGUGACUCGCAUGGACAUUAGCACCUUCUUCUCCUACUGUGGCACCGUUGCCAGCACCCGCAUCCAUAGAAAAGAUGAUGAGCAGUUGAAAACAACGACGACAAGACAGUGCGCUCUUGUGACUUUUACGCAACCUUAUGCUCUACAGACUGCUCUUCUCCUCAAUGAUGCAGUAAUAGGAGAUUCUCCAAUUCGCAUAUUGCGAACAAAGUCCGCCACCGCAGCUCUUCCCACGAAUGAUAUGUUGGAGGAGGAUAGGAGAAGGAAUGUGAUUUAUAAGCAGGCCGAGGAUGGCGAUGUGCCUAUUUUAGGGCUAAAUGAGAAAAGAAUACGGUGGCGCAGUAUAAAGAUUGAAUCACUUUCAGAACAAUCAUAGUACAGUACUAGCUAAAUAUAGCUAUUUCAAAUGAAUGCUUUUGAAUGGUACGCAUUAUAAUUCAGAAUAAAGUGUGAAGACACAUAGAAUGACACAAUUACCAUAACUUGUAGUGCAGUUUUAGAUAAACCAUGCAACUUCCGACGAGAAAUGAAGUUGUGAACUACAGAAUUUGAUUAUCAGUGACAUACAUUCUAGGCAAGUAAAAUACCCUUGCCAAAAUACUGCCUGUGAUGAGUUCAAUGUAACCCAGAGUAUCCAUGUAAUUGAAUUGUAUGAAUAUUCUACCA